GCUACCCGGACUUUUUUGCGCGUGCACAAAGUCGUUCAGCAAGCCACGACUAGGAAACGCACGUGAGAGCUUAAAAAACCUUUAUAAUAAUUUAUUUUACUGUUUGUUCAAGAUGUCGGAUGUAGAAGAGGAUUCUCAGAUGGGAGCAGAAUCUGAAGAGGAGGAUUAUGAUCUGUCAGAUGGAGAGCUUCAAGAGGCUUUCUCCAAAGGACUCCUCAAACCCGGCAUGAACAUUCCUUUAGAAGAACCUAAACGAGCCAUGAACAACGUGGAGGGUUUGAAGAAAUGCCUGGCGGAGUUUAAGAAGAAUCUGGCCUGGGUGGAGAGGCUGGACCUCACCACUCCGCCUGCUGACGACAUCGUGGCUAAAGCGGAGGGGAGGGCGGAGCCAAGCCAGGACGGAGACGAGAUCAACGCAGACGACGACUUUCAGAGGGAGAUGUACUUUUAUCGACAGGCCCAGGCGACUGUUCUCGAGGCGCUGCCCAAGUUACAGAAGUCACAGAUUCCUACCAAACGGCCGGACGAUUACUUUGCGGAGAUGGCCAAAUCAGAUCAGCACAUGCAGAAGAUCAGGAAGAAGCUGAUCCAGAAGCAGAUGGCGAUGGAGAAAUCUGAGAAAGCCAAGAAGCUGAGAGAACAGAGGAAGUACGGCAAGAAGGUCCAGGUCGAGGUUCUGCAGAAGAGGCAGAAGGAGAAGAAGUCCAUGAUGAUGGCAGUGAAGAAAUAUCAGAAAGGUAUGACUGACAAGCUGGACUUCCUGGAAGGAGAUGGUGAGGGGAAGAAAGCAGCAGCAGCAGCACCGUCCAAACCACACAUUAACAAGAAAGGCCCUAACGCUAAGAGGAAGUACAAGGACUCGAAGUUUGGGUUCGGCGGCAAAAAGAAAGGCUCCAAGUGGAACACGAAGGAGAGCCACAACGACGUGUCGGGAUUCCGGGCCAAAGUCGCUCACGGCAAAGUAGGCAAGAAGUUCAGCAAAGGAGGAAAGAAGAAUAAGCGGCCAGGAAAAGAAGCACGGCGUAAGAUGAAGGCGCGGAAAUGAGACGCGACUGUGAUUAACAUCUUUAACAUGGAGAUCUGACUGGACUUACAUGAACUUCAGUGGACCUCCAUGUUGGCACGAGUUGCUCCACACACACACACACACACACACAUAGUGGAAGCUUGGUGUAGUGUGUGUGUGUGCUGUUUUUGAGGAGGACUUUAAGGAGUGACUCGUAGUGAUUCUUACUGAUGGAUCACAUCAGUAACAUCACAUCUUAUGUCACAUCUUAUGUUGUUGCUUUCCUUUAUGAUUUGUGAGUUAUGUGUUGACUGGAUAAAUUUGCCAUUUUGUUGGUUGGAUAUUUUUUUUAUCCAGGAUUUUUGUAAUGCACCACUGUUCAACUGUUCCAAGUGCCAAAGUUUGUGUGGAUUUACACUCAUUUUUCCCCGAACAUGGCGGCUCGGUGGCGAAUCAGAACCAAGGACUCACCGAUUCUGUGUCGUAGCUUUACCUGUGGCAGUAGGAAGUUUUUCUCUGGUGACCAGUGAUAGGCACAAGAAAUAAACAAAAUUUAAAAAAAAAAGUUUAUGUGAAAUGAGUCACAUCUUAUUUAAUUGAUUUGAUCAUUUGGCUCGGCUCACUAAUAAGAGUGGACGCCUUUGGCUCCCAGACGAAUUAUUGUCUUUUGUUUUUUUUUUUCCAAAACCAAUAUUGCAACCUGUAAUUAUUAUUCCUUCUCUAGCUGUAGCUGGAAUUAUUUCAUUAUGUCUUACUCUACUUUCUAAUAAAAAAAAUAAACAAUU